CUGAGAAAGCAUUAGACAACCCAAAUUCAGGGUCAAACCCCUGAUCUUUUCAAGAGUCAAGGUAUUGAGAAAAGAAGGAAAGACCGAGAAUCUACCCAAAUUGGAGGAGACUAUGAGAGAAAAUGAGUUUAUCACUCAGGAAGUACUUGUGUCCCAUUCAUCUCUACAGCCUUGCUCAAGUUCAAACAGGUGAGCCAACCUCUGACUCCUUAGAAGAAAAAGUUUAAAAAAAAAACAAACUACUUAGGUUGACUAAUGUCCCCAAAGCAAUCUGUUCCCAUUGGCAAGAACCCCCAACCCCACUAACCCAGACUACUUCUACUGCCAUCUGAUAUCAUACAGGCAAUAUCUCCUGGAGGGGAUUUCCUGGAAAUGCUUACUUUAUGAGAAUCCACUGGCUCAUAGGGAGGAAGAACAUGCUUUAGGUGGGCACAGCUAUCGAAAACUGUGGGGUUUGAACUCAGGCCUGGGAACUCUAUCUGGUUUCCAUCUUUUACAUAAGUCAAAAUUUGAAGUCAAUCUUAGAUCCCUGUGAAUGGCUUUGGCAGAACUUCCCACUGGGAUCUGGAGUUAGGCAAGCCUCCUUGCCAUGCUCAGCUGCUGGAAACUGUAUGCAGACAAGAUAGAGCACAGGUUUGAUUGAUUCAGGCCUUCAGCUCUCAAAGCUCACACUCCCACCUGUGACUGUUUGACCUUGAACUUGUUACUUUUCAUGUUACUGAAACUUAAUUUUCUAGUCCUGUACAUUUGGCACUAUUAUCUAGCAGGAAGUUGUAUUAAAUUCAAUCUCACAUGAGUAUGUUGCAGGGGCCAAAGGCCAACAAACGAUGCCUUUCUUUUCCCUCCAAAUGGAAGACUCAGGGAAUAUUUGCAACUACUUUUACCAAAAGCCAGAAGUCAACUCAUUUGAAUGGAGCUCUUAGAAGCUUGUGCUUCAACCCUAAGUAAUGGGGAUCCUUCACAGGAGAGGGUGGACCCUCCUGAUGGGCUUAAGAAUGCUCUCAAUUUCAUGGACUCAAGUGUAAUUAAGGAGCCUCCAUCCUUCCCCUCAAAUUUCUUCAGAGAAAUGAAGGGUUCAGACUCAUAGCCCAAGUGCUCCGGUUUUAAAUUAGACAACUUUGUCCUGACAGCAACCGAGCCACAGCUGUCAUAGCUGAUUAUUUUUAGAAUUACUACUAAACCCUUUGUAUGGCGUGAGCUGCCACUGUUCAAGGCAAACAGAAAGAUUUCACGUUUUAUCCUGACAGCUCUGAGCCAGCCACCUCCUCCAGUUCUUUAUUAUCAGCCUGUCUUUGGAAGGGAGGAUGGGGCAACCUGACAAUCUCUUAGUGAGGAAGGUAGACCCUUGUUACUACCCCUGAGGGAUUUAAAACCCCCGAAGCUGAGCAAAAUCCAUUGCCUCAAGGAAGCCAAGGAGAAUUAUUCCCAGUGGCAGCAGCUGCUCCACAGCUUUCUUUGGAUAAACUAUCAUCUUUCUGGAGAGAUACAGACAGAUCAUGGAGCAACCAACCAAUCAGAGCACCUGUAUGCAAAUGCUUACAAGUGUUGGCCAGGAUUGGCCAGUUUAUGGGUGAUGUCACAAUUUCCCUCCUCUGACCCAACAAAGCCACCACCACUGAAAAGGCAGACCUCUGAGUGCAGCUCUUGCAGAGAGAAACAUUCACUGCCAGCAGAGCACCUUCUAGAUUGCUCCUGGUGCGAGGAGACAAAAGUCUCUACUGUCCAAAUGACAGAAACCAGAAAAAAAAAAGGACAACAUGAUUUUAUGAACAUGGGAAAAGAAGUACAGCCAAGACCCAAGGUGAACCUUUCUUCUUAUAUCCACUUUUUAUUGAAUUACUGAAACAAAUGCACGGAGCAGCAGCCAAAUACCUACUUUGGCUUUAAAGAGUUCUCUAGAAAGUGUUUGGAAAAAUGGAGGGCCGUCUCAAAGCAUGAAAAGGCCAAGUACGAAGCCCUGGCAAAACUCGACAAAGCCCGAUACCAGAAAGAAAUGAUGAAUUAUGUCGGAAAGAGAAGGAAAAGAAGAAAGUGGGACCCCCAGGCGCCCAGACGGCCUCCAUCAUCCUUCCUGCUGUUCUGCCAAGACCACUAUGCCCAGGUGAAGAGGGAGAACCCCAACUGGUCUGUGGUGCAGGUGGCGAAGGCCACAGGGAAGAUGUGGUCUGCAACCACAGAGGUGGAAAAGCAGCCAUAUGAGCAGAGAGCUAAGUACUUCAAGGGUCUUGAAACCUACCAUAAAAAAUGCCAGGCCAGGAAGAACCUCCGAAGGUUGGCUAGAUGCCAGUGCAGAGGGAAAACCCAAGGCAGGCAAAACUGAUGGAUCCAGUUUGGAAAAAUAAAAU